AGUUACUUUGUUAUUUCAACAAAUUAUAAUUGAAAUUAAAAUGUUUCACUGAUGAAAUAUAGAUGCAUUCAUACAUUAAGGUCGCAAAUACAGCCAUUGUAGCGGCAAUAGAUUUUGGAACAACAUAUUCUGGUUGGGCAUAUUCUCUUCGAUCAAACUUUGACUCGGAUCGGACAAAAGCGUCUACGAAACUUUGGAACUCCGGCUCUGCUCAAACAGAAAAGACACCCACGUGUAUUCUUAUACGACCAGAUGGAAAGACAGUCGAAGCUUUUGGAUAUGAAGCUGAGGAUAGGUAUCAAGAUUUAGCCGGAACUGAAGAGCAUAUGGAUUUCUUUUAUUUCCGGCGCUUUAAGAUGUCGUUGAGCAAAAAACUUGGAGAGAAACUAGAUAGAAACAUGACACUCGAAGACGCUAUGAACCGAUGUCUACCUGCCCUUGACGUGUUUGCAAUGAGUAUCAAAUUCCUAAAAGACGACCUGCUAGCUGUCUUACCCGACAGACAUUUAGGAAACAUAAAGAUGGAUGAUAUACACUGGGUAUUAACAGUUCCUGCUAUUUGGACAGAUGGCUCGAAACAGUUUAUGAGAGAAGCUGCAAUAAUGGCUGGAAUUAAAAGCAAAAGGCUAACAAUUGCUUUGGAACCAGAAGCUGCGUCAAUGUUUUGUCGUAACUUACCAAUAGAAGCUACAAAUUGCGACUCAGGAAGUAAUAUUUCCUCGUUAUCGAUAGGAACUCAGUACAUGAUUCUUGAUGCCGGAGGUGGCACGAUCGAUAUCACUGUACAUGAGGUAGAUACUGAUAACAAUGUAAAGGAGAUACAUGCUGCAAGUGGAGGCGGAUGGGGUGGUACAACUGUUGAUGAAGCAUUCAAACGAUUACUGAUUGCUAUUAUAACAAAUGACGUUUACGAGGCGUUUAAAAGGGACCACACAGAUGAUUGGCUGGAUAUUUGGAGAGACUUUGAGGUCAAGAAAAGAACGAUUACUACAUCUUCGAAUUCACCUGUAAGAAUGAGACUUCCUUCUUCGCUGACAGAUAAGUAUUACCUUGUCACAAAACAAAAAUUAGCAAUAGCUGUGAAAGGUUCAGAAUAUGCUAGUGAUAUUCAAAUUGUCAGGGACAAAAUCAAUUUUUCAGCAGAACUUGCAAGAUCUUGGUUUGAAACUUCUGUUGUCAAAACAGUUCACUUAGUAAAAAGUAUUAUGUCCAAAAAUGAAAAUGUAACAGCUAUUUUAAUGGUUGGUGGAUUUUCCGAAUCUCCUGUUUUACAGAACGCUGUUCGAGCAGAGUUUAAACAAAUGGACAUAAUCAUUCCGUCCGAAGCUUCCAACUGUAUACUAAAAGGAGCGUUGAUUUUUGGCCACUUGCCAAAGGUCAUUACUGAACGUGUUCUCAAGUACACGUACGGUAUCGGGUCAUUUGAAACAUUUGUAGCAGGACAUCAUCCACCGAAAAGGCUUAUCACUACAGACAACGGUUUUGUAUGUCCAAAUGUAUUUAGCAAACAUGCUGAGAUAUAUCAAAGAGUAAAGAUAGGGGAACCUCAAGUUUGGCAUACAUAUAGUCCUCAAUACAAAUCCCAGACACAGAUGUCAUUUUCUGUGUUUGCAUCAGAAAAACCAAACCCGGUUUACACAGACGAGGGUUGUAUUCUUAUUGGUACGUUGCAGAUUGACUUAGUCGAUCAUGACGGGGCAUUGGAUCGGGAAGUUUUAGUUGCCUUUACAUUUAGCGGAACGGAAAUAGUUGUUGAAGCAAAGGAUAGAAAAACAGGCAACCAGUCUUUCGUUGCUGUUGACUUUCUUGGAUAAGACAUGGCCUUAUAUAUGGAAACAUCUUAUAUGCAAAACAUAUGAUAUAUUGUCUGUGUUGACUUGAGUGUAUAUGAACACCUAUUUGUUGUAUCUAAUAAUAUAUGUAUACAUUUUAGUUGAUAGCUAAGGAGAGUGAUUCCUGUAUAUAGGGAUAUUACGUUUGCGUUUUAAUUGCCGUAAUUUCUUCUUUUCUUUGUUUAUUGAAAACAAAACUGUUACAAUCGUUUUAUUCCGGUAUAUUUUUAUUAUUCCUCCUUUUACAUAAGUAUGUGGUGUUUCUAAUUGUAGCCAGAACUGGUACUGUAGUACGUACUGCUGUCAUUUUUUGCAAGAAUUGCUGUUGAUAUGCACAACAAACACGGUUUUUGCUAAGAGGAGCACCUAAUGGUUAAGGUAUCUGCCUCUCAACCCAAGGAACAUGGAUUCAAGCCCUAAUCCGGUCACGACCAUGUUCCUUCAUAUGAUACCAGUACUACUUUCGUAAAUGAAUGUUAUAAGUUGAAAGAACUUGUUUUGCAAUCUGGCUUAAAUAAAUACGUUUUAACCUUUUAAACAAUUUUGCUACUAGAGACAGCACUUUAGUUUUCAUUGAAUAUUCAAACGUUUCUCUAAAAGAACCCAAAAUUCAUUGAUUUGUGUUUGUGUGUUUUUUAUUAUUGUUGUUAUGAUUAUUGUUUGUUAUUAUUAUAAUUAAAACAAAUCAUGUUAUGAAAUGACAAUUCAAAUGAAUAAAGUACUUUUAAAUGUGCAGCUUCAGUGGAAACAUAAUGUAGAAUUAUUUUAACAAAUAACUUUGUAUAGUUACUGUUUGUCUGUGUAUAUGUUAAAAACAAAUAAAAAUUGGUUGAUUUAAUACUGUUCUAAAAUGGAACAAAAGAUCAGUCGAAUUGUUAUUGCAUAUUAAAAAUACCAACAAAAUUUAAUGAUGAGCCUAAACGGUAAGAACAGUAAUUAUGCGUAAACGUAUCAAGAUUUGAAUGGCAAAACGUUAAUAUUAAAAAAUUGUUUUUGCUUAUUAGUUUGUGUAUCUAGUUUUUGACUAGAAUACUAGAAAAUAUUACAGUAUGUGUUUAAUACAAAAAACUGUAAAUUUAUAGCAAUUUUUGUUCUUAAUGAAAACAUAUGGUAAACAACACACCGUUCUUCAAAUUUCUGAAAGAUUGAAGUUUUAAUGAUCAUGAAAAUCUAUUAUUCAAAUGUACGAUGAUUAGUGUGGAUCAUUCGACAUGUAACAUCAUAUCUUCUGGCUAACAAAUGUCAUUUUGGUCAUGAAUAACCUUGACAUACACAAUAUUUUAGUCGAAUAUAAGACAAUAGUACGUACUUUAUAAAGCCAAAGCCUUGGAAAUGUAUUACUCAUUGAAAUAUCCCAGAACAAUACGUCUUUAGACAAGACAUAAACAAUUGUCAACUGAGCAUUGUUGUACACAGGAAUUCAAUGCUUCCCUCACACUAUUUAAUAAUCAGUUUUUGAAACAUUCAUACGUUUGUGUUAAACAGUUAUAUUUUGUUCAAAGUGGUGUAUAUUUUAAAGCAAAGUAAAUGAACUGUAUUUUUGUUAUUGUAUUUUUUUGAUUCGUUGCAUUGUUGUAUUAUUAGACAUCGGUAGCUGAUGUUCUUUUAUUUCUUUUCUCCUAAUUUUUUCAUGAAGCAGUUGUAUCCAGCGGUAGUUGACUCUAACUUAAGUUUCAAAUGAUCUGUAUCUCUCUCAACAACCCAUAGUCCAAAACAGCUUCUCUGUUUAAUUAUUCCAUACAACAUGCUUAACGCUUAAACUUGCCGUAGUGUUAUUAGCUGAUAUUAAAUAGAUUAGUAUUUUUUUGAAAAUAUGGAAACAAGGAAGGGUAGCAUUUAAUGAUUUAAUGAACGCAUUCCCAAACACAUGACCAAAGUUUCUAUUAUGAUUAAAUUAGUUAAAUUAUGCACGGUAUCUGUCGUAGAAAAACUGGGAAGCAUAUAAAUGUCUCACCUUGCGGUUGUUAGAGUUAUGUUUCUGUAAAGUAAUACUUUUGUUAGUGACUCAUCAUUACACACGUUUCUAUCGCAAAAAUAGUUUUAUAAAGUGUAUAAAACUUUAAAUCUGCUACCUGUAGUUUACAUAAUUUUGGAAAAGAAUAAUUCCAAAAUACCCUAUGAAAAAAAUAUGUUUACAUGAACUUUAUUAAGAACGAAUAGCUCAAGCAUGACAUCAUUGCUAAACAGUUAAAACCCUAUUAAA